AGUGCUUGGGGUACGGAUUUCCAAUAAAGUUGCCAACGCUCUACUCUUCCGGGAUGUAAGCUCCACUGAUCCGUACAGUGGAUGGAACAGUCACACAAAAUCGCGAACGAACGAACGAACGGACUAUCUGAAACUGAACAACUCGAGGCAAAGAACUGCACAACUUUUUCAUCAGCACCUCACACAUGGUCUUCUGAUGCGAUGUGACGAAAAUGCGAUUUGCUCAAUCGCAGCACAAUCCGGUUCCAGCGAAUCUGCGGGGGUCCUGCAACGGGACUGAGCGAGUGAGUGAUUUUUUCCCAUCCCGACGAUCAGGACAACGACGCUCGUGUGACGCGCGUGAAGUUUGCAACUGUGAGGGGCGAAAAGGAAACUUUGGCCGUACUUCCUGCAUCGAUUAGGGACGCGGCCAUACGGCCCUACAAGCAGCUGCUGCGGAGUCAUCACAAUCGGUUCAAUCACUGCGCCGUGGGUCCUGUGAAUGGGAUCCAGUGCCGUAAAGGGUUGCUGCUGGUGUCGAACUUGAGGGAAACAUCGGCACUAACAAGAACGCAACAAAAUACUUACCCGGUCGGGUGGAAAGAUUGCCUGACCGGAAGGCAAAGUUCAAAGUUGUGUUGUGCAAGCGUGAACAGCGCGCGAAAGCGAAAUAGCGAACAAAACAGCAUCCGGGGCGCGAUCGUGUGCGCGUCAGGCGGUCGAACCACUGUCGUGGUGGUGGUGCAGGGCGUUUUCGAAGUUUUAAUUUCCAUAGUCAUUAUUUUUAGUAGAAUCUUUAGCAGAAACCGUGUAGAGGGUAUUCUAUUGUUGCAGUGUUAAAUUUACAGGAAUCUCAACAACAACAAAAUCAGUGUCGAAACAGUGAGUGAGUUUAAUACCAGCGUCGUGUGAGUGCACGCGUGUGCAGUGUUUGCGUCACGAAAAAAUGCAUUCAAUUACGUUGCAUUUCACACCGUUCGAUUUGGUGUGGAAAGCCGCGCUAGUGCAGCAACAGCCACUAAACUGAGAGUGCAGCGGUGUGUACUGUUUCGAUUAACGCUUGUGGUUGCAUAUGUGUAUGUAACCCCUGGGAGCCCCGGAGCUUAUCUGGUGGGGCACACACACACGCACAGCAGUUGUGGACACGGGCGACACAGGGCGAAUCAACCCAUCAUUCGAUACGAAGCCAAUUCCCGCCAGGAUGGACAUCGAUAUCAUCGACAUCCGGACGCUCGGGUACCUUUCCAGCACCAGCACGGUUGUGUCUGCGACCACGAUCGGCAAUCUGACGGCGGUGAACCAAACCGAUGGUUCGGGCGAUGGCAGUGGGAGAGGGCCGGGUGCUAGCAGCGGGGCAGGACUUCCGGGCGGUGCCGGCGAGGACAGCGACGAUGACGAUGUUGAUGUCCUAUCGCCCCUGUCGAUGUCAUUUCUCGGUGUUUUCCUUUCGAUUGUGAUAUUUCUGUCGGUAGCGGGCAAUAUUCUGGUGUGUAUCGCCAUCUACACGGAGCGCAGUUUGCGGCGCAUCGGAAAUCUCUUCCUGGCCUCGCUGGCCAUCGCCGACCUGUUCGUCGCCUCGCUCGUGAUGACGUUCGCCGGUGUCAACGACCUGCUAGGUUACUGGAUAUUUGGAGCUCAGUUCUGCGACACUUGGGUCGCCUUUGAUGUGAUGUGUUCAACCGCUUCCAUUCUAAACCUGUGCGCCAUCUCGCUCGAUCGAUACAUCCACAUCAAGGAUCCGUUACGCUACGGGCGAUGGGUAACGCGGCGUGUCGCUAUCGGCACAAUCGCCGUCAUCUGGCUACUGGCAGCGCUCGUUUCCUUCGUGCCCAUAUCACUCGACCUGCACCGGGACAAGCGGGACAAAACGGAUACAUCGCUCAAAAUCAAUGGCAUCAAGUACGAGACGUGCGCCCUAGAUCUAACACCAACCUACGCCGUUGUUUCUAGUUGUAUAAGUUUCUACGUACCUUGUAUAGUUAUGAUCGGUAUCUAUUGCAGGUUGUACUGUUACGCUCAAAAGCACGUCAAAUCUAUACGUGCCGUUACGAGACCGGGCGAGAUUAGCGAAAAGCGGUAUCGCAGCAUACGAAGGCCCAAGAGCAGCAAGAACAAGCUGAAGCUGCGGCAGCUCGCGCACCACGCGUCCUCGCCGUACCACGUGUCCGAUCACAAGGCGGCGAUCACGGUCGGCGUGAUAAUGGGCGUGUUCCUGAUCUGCUGGGUGCCGUUCUUCUGUGUAAAUAUCAUCGCCGCGUUCUGCAAGACGUGCAUCGGGCAGCAAACGUUCAAGGUGCUGUCCUGGCUCGGGUACUCCAACUCGGCCUUCAAUCCGAUCAUCUACUCGAUCUUCAACACCGAGUUCCGGGAAGCGUUCAAGCGCAUCCUGACGAGCCGAAGCUCGUGGUGCUGCGGCCAGGAGAUGGGGAACAUCUACCCGCGAAGCAGCGACCGUUACGUGACGGACUAUGCGGCCAAGAACGUCGUUAUGAACUCGGGCCGCUCGUCCGCCGACCUCGAGCAGGUGUCAGCGAUUUGACCUUACUAAGCAACAUCAACAACCUUGUAAAGCACUAGAGCCUCCCGAUCCCUUCCGAACCCGCAUACCAACCAUCUCAGCUGCACCCACAAGAGCUUAGGAACCGUAACGUCUCCGUAACGUAUUUUUCAGGUAGUGUAGAAGGUGGUGUAGAAACUUUUUGUAGCAAAACCUCGUACUCGGCUAUCCAGCAGGCAGCCGUGGCAUUCCCGCACCCGAAGACCACGGUAGAUCCGAGGAUCACAGACACCAUCCUUAAUGCACAAACAGGCAAGAAAGAAAGCACCCCUUGACAGCUAGGGUUUAGGGAUUUAUGUUCUCGCUGUUGUUGAUGUUGAAAUCGUAGAUGAAAAUACCAAAGCAAACCAAAAAAGGCAACCAAAAACCGGACAAAGAAUCGUAAUGCAUGUCGCAAUGGAUGGUUGUGCCGCUGGUGGCAGCAGAUGGGCGUCCAUUACGUGCAGUUGCAAGCGGUGGUCCAGACCUAGGUCCAACCGAGGCAAGCAAUCCAAAAAACACAUUAAUAAUAAACUCACAUAUCUGCCAAUCUUUUCGAAGCUAGCGAUACGUACAGUUAGAAAGGGUAAGACGAGAUCGCAGCCAUGCAAGCGAUCGAUCAAAAUGUGUAAUGUAACUUGUAGAGCUGUAAAGCGUACACUAAAGAUGUUAGAACCCACCUUCCCCGCGAUAGAUACAUUUCCCAAUGUACCUUUUCAGUAUGUUUUAUGCAGUAUGUCCAUCGGACCAGCGCAUGUACCGACCAAGCCCCGGUUUGCCCCAGUUGUAGCCAAUUCUCGUGCAGCUUCUUAGAUGUACCGUGCUGAUGUACGUGUUAGACAGAAUCCGCAGCAAAAUUGUGCAGGCCCCGAUGUGUACGAGUGGACUCAAAGGAGCAGUUGAGUUAUGACGAUCGAUUACGAGUGUUGAGCUUUUGACGCAAAAUUUCAGGUUGCGAUCAUUAUUUAAAAAAUGUUCUACCUUAUCUCUGUUAAGAUUUACUCACACGAUUCCGUUCACCGAUCGCCACCGACGGCUUCCUCCCGAUAUCCUUCCGAAAAGGGGAUUCUUCAACACUCUCACACAUCAACCGUACCGUACGUCUAAGCAAAGCAAAAAUUAAAGUUACUUGAUGAUAAGACUGAUUACUGAUUAUUUAUUGAAGUGUAAGAUGAUAAAGAUUAAUAAGCAAACCCAGGCGAACGUUUACCCGCGAAGAGUGUGCGAGGGGCGUGUAUAACAAGCACCGAUCGUGAUCGUACAGGAUCGCCUGAACGCGCAGAAUGAAAACUUUUAUACGCGGUAUCCAAACAAGCGCCCGCAAAAUGGCGCGGAUUCUGAAGCAAGCGAAAAAAAAAGCCCCAACCGUCGUGAGACCUUCCGCACAAUCACAAUUUCGUUGAUCGUACAAACUGUUGUUAUUCUCUAUGGAUAUUUUAUUCACGCUAUACACAGACUCUAUCACCACUCUUUCACCUCGUGCGUAGCCAAUACAGGACUAGUUUCUAAUUUCCUACUACUCGUACCAGCAGGUGUAAUGAUGGCAGAUAGUAUUUAUCUAAGUGAAUGUUUCAAGAAAUGGUAUUUAUAUAAAUAGGUCAGAGUAACAGGUGUAUAUGUGAUAAAUAGACAAGCAUGUGUAAGCAAACCUACAUAGGACGAAUCUAGGGCUCCCGUCGCAAGGAUUUAAUAUUUAACAGUCACACGCACACACACACACAAAUAAGAUAUACGUUUAGAAUAUUCCUUGAUACCCUUGAUUGCUUUGUACUCGCCCCACCAACAUACAAGGACAUGUGAUUAUGUAAAGCUUUACCCAACGUUUGUUAAUCGUUGUUAUUUGUUUACCCCAAAACUGUUACAAACAUUGUUUCUGUAAAUAGUAAAAGUUGUGUUACGAUUUCGGACGCUUUACUCGACUAGCGUUUGUACAUUUGUUACGAUCACGCUACGAACGGCCAAUCGUUGCCACUUCCUAAUUCUAAAACAAGUUCAAACAUUGCUCAACCUAGAGCCUCUUGGGACCGGAAAAUCAAGGCAUAGAUUUGUAAAAAACGCACACACAUACAAAACAAAAAUCACCGAAAGCUUUCAGUGGCUGAUACAGGAUUGCGUUCUAACAAUCUCUUCGAAAAACAAGCAAACCUACGCGCGUACUCACGCGAGGAACGCUACGAGAGCGAAUCAGUCAACCAACCAAGGUAGGGGGAACAUAGCAAUUUCUAAUAGAAUAACACACUUUGAUAUUUCACGUAGUAAGAGCGACCGAUCGGCUACUUUUUCCACAAGCAUAGUAUACAGAAGGGCGUAAGAUCACUUCCAAGUUUCCCGCGCGACUAACCCUUCGCCGUUCCCUGCCGCAGUCAAGACAAAGUUUAAAAAAUCCCCAUAAAUAGGAAAAAAGAAAGAUCGAUACUAAGUACUACAUUAAACCAGUAGUCUGGAGGUACAGUAGUAGCAAGUAGUAGGUACAACGGAACGCACCUUCAAAAUUGAUCGCCAAAGCGCUGCAGUUUUGGGCGCACACGUGAAUCAGCAACACACACACACAAAAACACUGUAAAAGGUAGUUGUAACGGGAAGCGCAUUCGCGGGUGACCAGAUCCAUCUGACGCUGGUUCUGAGAAUGCGCAACGAUUUGAAUAAAUAUAUUGUCUUUGGAUAAUCAGAAAAUACUAUCA